GUAUAAACCGUCCUCCAAUCAAAAUAAUAAAUUACUUAAAAAAUGGUUAAAGCACCUGCUCCAGCGCAUAAUAAAACAGGAAAAGCUAAGAAAAAAUGGUCCAAAGGAAAAGUAAAAGAGAAAUCAAAUAACACCGUUAUACUUGAUAAACAAACAUGCGAUAAGAUUUAUAAAGAUGUUUUAUCAUAUCGCUUUAUUUCAAUAUCUGUAUUCGUUGAUCGUUUUAAAAUAAAUGGAUCACUUGCUCGAAAAGCUUUAAAGACUCUUUUCGAUGAAGGAAUCAUUAAAAAAGUCGGUCUUCAUCAUGCACAAACUAUAUAUACACGGGCUACACCUGAGUAAUUCUAAAAACUCGGAUAUAUCGCCAAUAUCUAUGGCAUU